GGAAAUUAAAAGCAGAAAGAUCAGAAAUGUGGAGUAGACAGACUUUUGGGGCUAUUGCAUUCGCACGCUCUAAAUAGGACAGGAGACACGUGAAGACAUGACUCUUCAGACUUGUCUGUGAGCUCUGGAUCCUUCAAAGCUCCUCAGUGAGCCUUUGUGAUAACGCUGUAGAAAUGAGAAGUGACCACUGAGAAAGCUUGUGAGGAUCCGAGACGCAAGCGAUUUUUCGAUGCACAUAUGGGUCACUUGACAACACCGUCAAAGGAGAUAAUCAUUUUAUCAGAGGAGGAAGAAGAGCAGAGAUAUGAGAGUCAGAGCGAGAAAAUCAUGACAUGGAUUUCCUCAGAGAAGUUGUGCGGCUUAUCUUUCUUUUACUGCUCUUCUACAUACCUGGAGACUGCUACAGUAUCAAGUGUGCCGGAGAGUUGACAGUAGAUAAAGACAUCAUCCCUAUGGGUUCCAACCUUACUGUGCGCUGCCAGUCUGACACUGUGCAGUGUAACAGACCCUUCAUCAUACAGCUUGAUGAACAGAUUAUUCUUCACGAAAUCAGCUGCUCCAAUGUGACAGCACGGCUUAUUGUCAGGGAGCCAGAAUUCACACUGUACUGCAUGGUGGUGCAAGAAGGGAAGCGUCACCUCGUUUGUGCACGGAACAUCGUGGCUGAGGUGAUUCUGAGUACUCCGCAAAUCAAGGAGAUUGCGUUUGCAAAAGGCUCCCUAUCACCCACCAUCCACUGGCAGAGCUCAGAUGAUAUGGAGCUUCUAAAACCCAGAGUGAGGUUCAGGAAAACGAAUGAUGCUUCGACCUGGAUGGAAGGAAAUGUCACUCGGCUUCACAGAGGAGAACUACUGAUGCUGGAUGAUUUGGAGCCACUGACCUCUUAUGAGUUUGAGCUGAGAGUCUGCACCGCCUCACUGAUGUACAACUGCAGCUUAUGGAGUCAGCUGGUCAGUCAAAAAAGCCCUGGACAAGCACCCUCAAGCAAGCUCGAUGUGUGGAGAGUCAUCAUGAGAAACAAUGGGAGCGACACACAGAAUGUUACAGUGUUGUGGAAGGCUUUUACACCAGAAGACUAUAAAGGAGACUUACUGGGUUAUGAGUUGGUUUAUAAAGAGAACGGCGUCACACACACACUAAACCUCUCAGCAGCUGCCUCUCAGUACACGCUACAGCUGCCUCUAGAGGUGACGGAGGUGAAUGUAAGUGUUGUCACAUCAGCAGGAAACUCCCCACCAGCUCCUGUAAGGCUGAUCUAUACAGGGAAACCAGCUCCAACCAUAUACUUAAGCCAAGCAGCAGGGGGCAGAAUACACUUGGCCUGGAACUCGUCUCUUCUGUCAUACAGCAAUACCCCAGAACAAACACCGGGUUUUGUAGUUGAGUGGAAAUGCAGCCCAAAAGAAAUGCAGUGGAAGAGAAUUGCAAAUGAUCAGAAUUCAACGUUCUUUGAUGGUACACUACCAUGUACAGUGUACUUCUCACUGUAUGUUGAGAGCACAGAGGGAGUAUCAGAUCCUGCUUUUGGACAAAUCCGUCUGAAAGAUGAAAAGACCACAGCUGACUCAACUUUGAAUGUGGCGAUUAGUCCACUUGUGUCCACCCCAGGCCUUGCUGUAGAAGUGCGUGAAGAUGUCAUGCUAAUUGGGAUCAGCCUAAUGACUGCUAUUCCUAUAAUCAUCAUACUAAACCUGCUGUACCUGAAAUGUGCACGACAAAGAAUAAGGAAGACAUGUAUGUCAGUGGGACCCUCUUGGCUUUUUGAAAAUUUACCAAAGCUUGGAAACAGCAAUGCUAUCAAACUUCUGCAGGAUGAAAAAUGUGAAAAAUGGUCUGAUCUUUGCUGGCAGCCUGUGGACAGUGAUCCACCCUUGUCUCCAGUUGAAGACUUUAGUCCACCUGUGGAAAUUAAGGAUGUGUACCCCAUCGUCCAUAAAGACGACACCACAGAGGAGAGAAAGCCUGCGCAGGACUGGGCAAGCUGUCCUUAUAAACCUCAAAUCUCAAUUGUUUCUCAAAGAGUUGAGGCAGUCUCUGAGGCAGCAGAGAACGAAGAAGAUGAGAAUCCCUGGCUGGUCCUCUCACCUGGCUUCAGUAACUUUGAUGAUGAGUUUCUUCCAAGUCAAGAAAUUCAUGGACCUCUGAAGAGCUGUUUGACUGUGGAUGGAACACCCAUAUCUGUGGAUGUUGUUGAUGGAUUGAUCAUUCUUACUCGGACUACUUUAGAGGAAGAAAUCUGGAGGGCAGAAGGAGACAGGGCAUUUGAGGCAGAGACUGGAAAUUGUGACGAGAACUCAUACAAAGGCCAAACAGUGCUGCCCAAUGACUUAGCGAAGUGCUUGAGAGAACCUUCCUUUAGUAUCAGGCCUCACUCACCACAGAGGGCUAGCACAUUGCUACAUACCCAAGCAGCUCUGCAUACUCUACAGGUUGAUGAGCAGUUGCUCUAAAAAGCUCUACAAAUGUUCUACAUCUACAAACAUCCGAGUGUGAUGCUCUACAUCCGAGUGUGAUGCUCUACAUCAGAGUGUGAUGCUCAACUACCAACCAUAAACCAAGCGAAUCUGUACUUAUGUAAGGGAAAAGGAAACAUUCUACAUAAACUAAAUGGACCUUCUGAGGUUACACACUAUUUAUGGAUGUGUGGAGUAACUUCGGUAUCACCAGUUCAGGUGUAUAACCACGUUUUAUUUUAAGCAUUAAUUUCUGUGAGAUAUUAUAGUGAUACAGCUACACUGCCCUACAUUGUCCUCAUGAGGAAUCACAUAAUUCAAAGGUUGAAGAUCACAUGGAGUUCUGGAUACAACCAUUGAAAUGGGUUUUGAAAACCUUUUGAAAUACUUCAACUUUUCCUUUACAGUAAUUUGUGUAAUUUGUGUAACUUUACUUCAGAAGUAUGGCAUUAAAAUGUUGUGAUGAAAAGAACCAUCACAAGUUUUAGUCAGGUUUAUAGACACCUCAGUACUGACUGGAACAGUGUGGUUCUUUAGAGGAACUUCUGUGCUGUAAAGAUGAACUGUUGUAUAACUUUGAGUAACACUUCAAUAUAGGGGAUGCAAUAAUGCCCAUUUAAUGGUUUUAUUAGGCCAUAACUAUGUUUAAUUAAACAUUUCCCAGAGUACUUGUAAUGCUCUUAUUAAACCUUACAAAGCCUGUUGCUCGUAGUUAACUGGCUGCUCAUUGCAGUUACUACUAAGGUUUCACUUAAAAAUAGAUCGGUUUGUGUUUAUUUUAAGCGAAUUGGUGAUAUACUGUUGAGGUAUGAAUAAGAAUCAAAAGAAAAAUCCAAAUUAGUGCUUUGAAAAGAAAAAACAACAAUUCUAAUGGGAUGCAAUGUUCCUAAUAAGGUAUUUUUUCACAUACUUCAUAAGCUUAUUCCAUAUGGACCUAAUACUCAAGGUGUGCGCAAGACUAUUGGGUAUAAUACACAAUUAAAGGUGCUUUGGUAGAUGCUUAAUUCACUCUAUUUGCUGCUUAAUAAAGUAGUAAUGAGCAGCCAGUUAAUUAGCCGUCAUUGGCUUUAUUAGUUUGUUAGUAGUUAUUGGCUUAAUGAGGCUUAAUAAAUGCAUAAUAAUGGACACCUGUAAUGUUGUGCAAAAUAUUAUGAUGUAUAAUAUGGAAAUAAAAGUUCUCUGGAAAACGCUUAGUUCCCCCUAGCUAUUUUUCACUAGAUUGGUUAAUGGAUUGUUAAAGCAUAAUAAGAGCAUUACAAAGGCUUAAUAAAGUCCACCUAUACUGUAGUGUGCCCAGUCAUUC